AGUUCUGAAAAGUGCCAAGGAAGCAAAUGGUCGUAAAGUGGCUUGAGUUGAGCGGAUUUCAAUGAUACAUUUUUCAAGUAGAGUGUCCCCUCCACGAUUAGAAACGCGCUAUUAAAGUAAGUGGCCAGUCAAGCGGCCGCCAUUGCCUGCUCUCCGUCUACCUGUGUCUCGAUGGCUGUCCAAGUCCUCACCAUUUGGCGUGAAGAUGCGAGGGGGUGACUGGGAUGUCGGGCUACCAUGAGUCCAGCUGGCACGAGGGCUGCUUGGGCCGCUGCGGCGACUGCACCACGUGCCACCACUCCGACGACGGCCUCUACAAAAGGUUCGUGACGGUGGGGUCGGUGCGGUACGGCAUGCGGGUGGGGGCAGUGUCGCCGCCGCCGCCGGGAGCGGGUCCGCGCUACCGCUCCCAGUGCUGCUGGCCCGCAGCGACUGCUCCCGGCUACGUCUCCCGGAUCCCGCUGCUUACCACGACGCCUAUUAAUAGCUUCGAUAUAAUUAGUUGCGCAAAUAGACUGAGGAUCAACGAGGAGGCUACGUCAGAGCUGCCUCAGCAGACUGUGCGCGAUCAUGUACUGUACUCCACCAAGUGCCUGAAGAACCAACUCAAGCGCUGUGCUUUGGUAAGGCCUCAGAUUUAUGCACGAUUGUGUGAAAACGCCGACGAAGAAGAGUUCAACCUGGAUCGGCUGCCGAGAUUCCGCUUCGGCGGAAAUCGGACCACUACCAAUAAAGUCAGAGAUUUCGAAAAGAGAGCCAACGAGCAAAGACUCAGAGACUUGACGGACAGACUCAAAAGGGGGCCGAUACCGCCCCCGAGGACAAGACACCAGCCUAAAACACCGCCAGAGGAGCCAGUCAGAGUAACACCACUACGAAGUGCCUCCUUCUCACAAGUGGACUAUUCCAGUGAUGAUAAAAAAUACGUCAGGCGAAGGAACCCAAUUUGUGAUGCGACAAACCAAACAGUUGCGACUCUACCCAGAUCUAAAAACCCAACAAGAUGUGAUAAUUUCAAAGAAACACAGAUCACAAACGAACAACCCGAACGUGACACCGAUGAUAAUAACUCCUUGAAACAAUCAAUAACGAGGAGCAACACCAUCUCAAGCGGAACUCCCAACACCCAGGAGAAAAAACGCGAUAAACUCCGCCGACGCAAAGGCAUCUACAUCUCGCAAUGGCCCAACUCCACCGAAAACGUAAUCCCCCAGUUCGUCGAAGACGGCGAUUUUGCCUCGUGUUCGGACACCCCCAAACUUUUGGAAGAACCCCCGGACGACAAAUCGCAAAUAACAAUGUGGACAAGUCCGCAAGAAGAACCCUUAAGUCCCGAAGACAACACGACGGUGCCAGAAUGGCCCAAAAUCACCCGAGGGAUGUUCCUCCUCCGUUCGGACUCCCUCUCAGAGGGUGAGCCCGAAAACAACAAACAAGACCAAAUUUCGUCCGUACCGUCCGACGUCUCCGACUGCGAGAGCAGACUAAGCAUGGGGAACGACCCCUGCAGCCCCCGGCGGUACUCCAAGCGGCCCCUGCGAGGCCCAUACGGCCAAAUGCUUGAAGCCGAGAUGAAAAAACCCGAAACUGGGCGCAAAAGCCAACUAAGCAAUGACCUGAAAUUCCUCGAGGACUUGUCGUUACAAAAUCGGGACGUUAAGUUGAAACACCGGCCAAGGUGUGACGACUCGAAGGGAAGUUGUAAUAAUUUAAGUUCGCCGAAACAGUUGCUAACGUUAUCGAAACGGAAAGUUAGUGCUGAUAGUUUAGUUGUGGAGAAUGAUCAAAGGUUGGUUGUUAAUCACCAACGUACCACUUCGAGUCCCUCCAAAUUGGAGGGGUUCGCCAAUACUGAAGUUUCGCAGGAAUUGCUGGAGCAGCUGUUGAGGGGAAGUUCGGAACAACUUGCCACCGAUGCCAAUUUACAGCAGAAAAAUGAUACGAGAACGCACGUGGUUGUCGAGCUUUACGAUAACGAGAGGACUUACGUCGAAGCAUUACAGAUUCUGGUCACGAAAUAUUUGGAACCGCUUAAAAGCCCCGAAAACACCAAUCUUUUAGACGCGACACUUGUUGAUGAAAUCUUUUAUCAAAUACCGUUUUUGUUAAGCCACCAUCAGGCUUUUUUGGAAGAAUUAAAAAAACGCCUAGAGCACUGGGACAUUAAACAGAAAAUCGGAGAUGUCUUUUUGGAGAUGUUUUCGAAAAGUUCGGUCAUUGAGAGUUACACUAACUACGUUAAUAAUUGGAAGCGAGCGAGGGAGAUUAUCAAGAGUGCCCAACAGUCCAAACCGACUUUUGCCCGAUUUUUGGAGACAACAGCAAGGGAACACAAAGGCAAGUUAGCCCUUGAUUCUUUAUUGAUCAAACCGAUCCAAAAAUUUCCAAAAUACGAGUUGUUGCUCCAAAGAUUGAUCAAACACACUGAUGUUAACCACCCGGACCACAGUUUGUUGCUAGCUGCGCAAAAAGAGGUCCAUGAUCAAUUGCUGAAAAUCAAUUGUACUGAAAGAGAAGCUCUGGAGUUGGAACAACUCCGGGAAAUUGAAGGUUUGAUCGAAGGUUUAAUCGAGUUGGUGUCAGCCGACCGCCAGUAUUUGCGACAUGAUUUAGUCAGUAUGGCUGCGGGUGGUGGCACUCGCAAAGAACGGGCUUUGUUCCUCUUCUCGGAUUUGCUCCUUGUGACCAGUAUUAAGCGGCGGAGUGGAACAAUCCGAAGACCCACCGGUCAAGGCAGCGUGACAAGUACCCUCGAAGCGAACAAGUACAAAUUACUUAUGAAGAUAGCUUUAGAAGAUUUAGAAAUAGUCCGCUCGAAGGACGACAAUUUGAAACAGAUGAUGAUCGAAAUUGAGAAUUUAUCCGCGGAUGUCGGCAUUCUGAACCAAAUUAAUGAAUUAAGUUGGUCGCUACAUUGUAAUCAUACUCAAUUAGACGAUCUCAUUAGAGAUAUGUUGUCAUCUUUGAAUAAGCAAUUAAUGGAGCAACAAAACAGCGACUCGCAGCUCUCUUGUCUCGAGCUCACCCUCAACACAUCCAACGGCCUGGAAAAUGUCUCGAUCGUUUUUUCGAAGCCUGAAAAACGCGCCUCCUGGGAGGAGUCGUUCAACGAGGCCAAGCACAAAUUAGCAAUAUCGGGUGAUAGAAAACCAAGUCCGGAACUCCUCGCAACGGUUCCGAUCCGCAAGACAAGAGCCGGUCUCCAAUUCACCUGCGCUGCGCCUACUUUAGGCGACAAUGGCAAAGACGUGUGGGUUUGCAACAGCGACGGUUAUGUCGGUCAAGUGUGCAUUUUGAGCCUACAACCUGAGCCCACCGUAACGUCGUGCAACGGUGUCUGUAACGCGAGGAUUUUGUGCAUUGCCUCAGUCCCUGGUGUCAGUUACAGUUCUGUUAGAGGGAACAACAACCGGGAGGACACCGAGGAACACAAGACUAUCCAAUUCGAUAGUAGCUCCUCCAGUGAGGAGGACGACGAAACGGACAAUGAGGAGGUCGACGAGCCCCAAAAAAUUUCAGAGGCUCCGGACGUUUCAAGUGUCGAUUUGGACGACAUUGACAGUCAACAGUCGACGAUUUGGUUGGGGACGGAAGAUGGCUGUAUCCACGUUUACAAUUCCAGUGACAAUAUUCGGAUUAAGAAAAACAAAAUACGGUUACAGCACGGAUCGUCAAUACUUUGCAUAAUAUAUUUGGAUAAUCGGGUUUUUGUCUCGUUGGCCAAUGGCGACGUUACGAUCUACGACCGGGAUGGAUCUGGUUGGAACGUCAAUUCUCCGACGACUGUGACAGUGGGUUCCACGAACAUGCCGGUGUCAAAAAUGCUCCCAAACGUUGGAAAAUUGUGGUGCAGUUGCGGCAACACUAUUAAAGUCUUCAACACUCAAAACCUAACCACGGAAAAUCACUUUACGGUCAAUAACGACAGUAAUAAGCCGAUUUCGUGUAUAGUCCUCUUCGGGAAUGGUCUCUGGCUGUCUUUGCAAAACUCGGCAAUCGUCAAGUGCUUCCAUACUCAGAACUUCGAGCAUUUGUGUGAGGUGAACGUAGCCCCCGCUGUGACCAAAAUGCUAACAAGUUGUGAUGAUAUAAUCAGACAGCACAAAGCGGCCUGUUUGCGCGUGACGUCUCUUUUAGCUUGUAAGGACUUGUUGUGGAUCGGAACUUCGGCUGGGGUUCUGCUAACAAUGCCUCUGCCCCACAUAACAUCGUCAACGACGAAACUACCGAACGUUCCGACUGUCACAGGGGUGUCUCAUGGCCAUACGGGCCAUGUCCGAUUUUUGACCUACGUUGAACUCAAUUCAGGGCCCGGCGAAGGGCCGCAGAGGAAUUCGUACAAGGGCAAGCCGGAGCAGCGCAGUAAUUCGAAAUUACUUGUGAUAUCGGGAGGAGACGGUUAUGAAGAUUUCCGCAGUUCGAAUUUAUCAGAAGUGGCAGGACGGGAGGACUCCACCAAUCAUCUCCUACUGUGGAACAUAUGAUCACAGAAAAUUCUUGUCUAAUACGCUGUCCAACAACCAAGUGCGAUUUGUAUCAUUUUUCGCCAGGAUUCUGGCGUUGGGCAGCGGCAUAUGAAUGUGGCAUAUCUGAACCGUUCUAUGUUCGAGUGAUAAAUGCAUUUUUGUAAAAUGUGUGAUAGUAAUAUUAGGUUUGUGCAUAACGGCAUUGUUUGUUUGUGGUGGUAGUGUUAAUUUCGCCUAACUUGAUAUGUUCCUAAUAUGUUUAUUUGGUUGCGAUAAUUGCAUUGUAAGCUGUUUAUGACACGAUUACUUUGAGGACGCCCAGAUGUAAUUUAAUGUUAUUUUUUUAAUGAUGCCUAUAUUUUUCCUUACAUCGAACGAACUGUUUUGUAAUAAUAAAUUUUUUAAAACAUUGCAGCACGAGAAAUUAUAAUUUAUAUUAUUGCUCAAUGAUGUGACAAAUUCUAUACCUGUUGGAGAAAUACAGUAUUUAUUUUUAUUUAUUCAA